AUGGGUCAGGGUGUGAUUGGCUUACCAGGGUAUAAUGGUAGCCACACCUGUACCACAGCCACCAUUUCACAGGAUCAUUCGAAACUGGACUCUAUCACAAUUGCAGAAGCAAUAAAGCCACUGGUUGAAGUUGACCCCUCCUUAAAGGUAAAAUCGGUAAUAGCAGAAGUGAAAUCAAAAUUCAACUACACCGUCAGUUACCGGAAAGCAUGGUUGGCUAAGCAGAGGGCAAUAGAAAAAAUAUUUGGAGGUUGGGAAGCAUCGUAUGAAGCCUUGCCUAUAUGGUUUGAGGCCAUGUGUCACAAGGAGCCAUCAGCUGUUGUCCAUUUUGAGACUAUGCCUGCAUAUCAAGGCGAUGACUUAGUGGGUGAUAUUCGGGUACUGCAUCGUGUAUUCUGGAGUUAUUACCCUUGUAUUAGGGCAUUCAGACAUUGUAAGCCAAUUGUCCAGGUGGAUGGUACUCACUUGUACGGAAAGUAUAAGGGUUGUCUGCUUGUGGCAGUUUCCCAGGAUGGAAACAACAAUAUCGUUCCGAUUGCAUUUGCUAUUGUUGAGGGAGAGACUUCUGAUGCAUGGCAUUUUUUCCUAAGUAACCUCUGUCAACAUGUUGUUACUCGGGAUGGAGUGGGUCUAAUAUCUGACAGGCACGAGUCCAUCAAUGCAGCUGUCGAAGGAAGUAACGGAGCUUGGUCACCUCCUAGAGCUUUUCAUAUGUUUUGCAUCAGGCAUAUAGAGUCGAAUUUUCUGAGAAAAUUCAAGGCACCUUACCUACAAAAAUUGGUCAUUAACAUCGGAUAUUCGAGGACGGUGCGGGAGUACGAAGUGCAUUACCAGCGUUUAAGGGACCGCGGCGAGGCAUACACAAACUGGUUAGAUCGAAUUCCUCGCGAACAGUACGCACUGGCCUUUGAUGGCGGGUACCGAUGGGGUCACAUGACGACGAAUCUAGUGGAGUGUAUCAACUCAGUAUUGAAGGGUGCCUGCAAUCUUCCCAUUACUACUCUUGUGAAGGCAACAUUCUACAGACUAAAUGAGUUGUUCACCCAUAAAAGAGCGGAGGUGGAAGCCCGGAUCAAUGCUGGCCAUGUGUUUUCUGAGAUAGUGACAUCGAAGUUGCAUGCAAACCAACUUGCAUCAGGAAACAUACAGGUUAGUUGCUUUGACCGCCAAAAUGAGGUCUUUGAGGUUCGUGAGAUGCCAAGUGGGCUAGAGUUUGCAGUUGAUCUACGUAGCCUUCGAUGUGACUGUGGUGAGUUCCAAGUGGACCGGAUCCCCUGUCGACAUGUAUUCGCAUGUUGUGCCAACCAGCGACUUGAUUGGCGACUUUAUGUUCAUGAUGUGUAUAAGAUAUGGAUCAAGUACGGCGGGUGUACACCUCACAUAUCCCCAAACAGUAUCGUCCCAAUCAGCAACAUAAUGUGA